AUGGAUGAAAUACAUAAUAAUGUGAGCUCGUGUGACUCAAGUGAUAAUGAAACGUUGGAAAAGGACAUAGUUAUAGAAAGUGAGCAACUACUUAGUUCUGCGUCAUUGGAGGAGAUGAAGGAGAGUGAAGAGUGUGAUCAACAAGUUGGAGAGAAGAGAGUGCGACAGGAGGAGGAGGAGGAGGAGAUUGUGGAGGAAGAUGACUUUGUAACAGUAAUUAGGCAACAUAAAAGACCGAAUAGGAAAGACUCGUUUAACAAUAGUUUAACGGGCGGAGAAAAGAAUACUGAAGAGGAGAAGUGUAUAAUAUGUGUGACCGGAAAAGAAACUUUGCCGAAACAAUUUGGAAUGGCUAAACUAUUACAAUCAUGUAAUAUUUCAAAUAUAGUUAAAAUGGUAUAUAAAAGCGCAUUCAGGGUUUUAAUUCAUUUCGAAAAUAAAGAAUGUGCUACAAAGAUGAUGAAUUGUGAAAAGAUUACCAAUUUAGGUUAUAGAAUACAGAUGACUGAUGAAGUAAGUUUAUGCUAUGGUACCCUGAGGCAAGUAGAUUUGGAAACAGAUGAGAAAGAAAUUCUUGAAAAUGUUAGUUGUGAGAGUGAAAUUAUAUCUGUUAAAAGACUUAAAAAGCUAUCGGACAGUGGAGAAUGGAUUGAUUCCGAAACAGUCAGAAUAUGUUUUAAAGGUGCCAUUUUACCACCGUACGUAUACGGGUACGGUUGUAGGUUUAAAGUGGAACCUUACACGUUUCCAGUGUCACAGUGCUCCAAAUGUUGGAAAUUCGGUCACCUGUCUAGAUCAUGUCCAACUAAUAAAACUAUAUGCCCCAAGUGUGGCAAUCAACACCCAAACUGUGAAACAAAUGAGUAUGUAUGUGUUAAUUGUAAAGGACCACACAUGGCAAUGCAUAAAAAAUGUCCUAGCUUCAUAAAAGAGAAAAGAAUUAGAGAUAUUAUGACCAAAGAAAAUUGCACUUAUAGGAAAGGAUUGGAAUUAUAUCUUAAAGAAAGAGGGACUCAACAACUAAACACUACUAUUAGGAAUACAAAGAGUUAUGAUAGUCCUGAAGGCUUAGAAAAUCAGAAUGUAAAUUAUACACAGACUAAAACAUACAAGGAUGCGGUGAUUGCAAAAACAAAUAAUCAAAGUUCAAGUUCUGCACCGGGUAAUAUGAUGGAAAUAGACAGUUCAGAAAAGAAAAAGAAUCAACAGAGAUAUAUGCCGAAGAAGAAACAUAUAGAAACCAGCUUUAUAAGGAGUGACAAGGAAAAAGAAAGUAGUAAUACACAAUCAGAAAUCACAAGUAAAGAAACUGAAAACACAGACAAGACAUCCAAUACAAGAUCUAAGCUAGAUUUUUAUAGUUUAUACAGAAAAGUAAGAGAUAUUUGCCUCUCUGUCGAUAGUUGGCAGGUGAAACUACAGGAGUUAGCCAAAAUUUUGUUCGAUGUAUUAAGUGAAUUAAUUUUUAAAGUGUUUAAAAGUGAUGAUGUAUGGAAAAAAAUAAUAUUUAUGUUCAACAAUGGCUAA